AUGGCCCGUCAAAGAACACCGUGUAUAGAAUGCAGAAAGCGACGCCGGAAAUGCACUUGGCAUUUGAACUCGAUCGUGUGCUUGCGAUGUUCACAACGUGGAAUCAGGUGUGUUCCGAUUGACGAUCUCGACUCGGAUAGCGAGGACAAGCGCUCUGAGGAUGGCGACCAAGAGCUUGAACACUAUACAACUGAAAUUCAGCAAUUGAGGAGGUCCGUGCAGGCGUUGGAGGCUACACUGCGGGAUAUCAGAUACAGCCAUGGCAACCAAUUAUCCUCACCAAUGGCGACAUCAAAUGACAAUGAACCCACCUGGCAACUCAGUGUCAUUAAUGGAAACUUGCGUCUCGAGACACCCAUCAAAAGCAUGGAGGAACUCUAUCAAUUCAGUCAAGCAUCCAUACGAUACUUAUCACCUUUUCAUCAUCUCUUUCUCAAAAAGUCAUUCAUAUUUGAAUGCAAUACCUCUCACAUCCUCGCUGAAACGCUCCACUUGACAGCGCGUAUUCAAAUGGCACGACGUAGUAGUAGCACCAACGCAUCACCAUUACGAUUACUUCAAUCACCCAACAAUCAUAUCAACUAUGGACCCAUCAUUGAUGACCUUGUCAACAUUUAUAUGCGUACUCCCAAUUGUCCUUUGGCACCAGUUAUACAUAUCCCAACCCUUCGACAAUACUACAACACCCUUGAGGAUCCAUUUUCAUCACCGAUCAUUAUGGGCAUAUGCGUUAAUGUCAUGUCAAGCUCUGGAAGCUACACACAUCUAUCAGCUGAAGAACGGCGGCAAUUGGCCGACUUCUUUUUUGAAAAGUGCCACGAUUUGCUAUUUGAUAUCUUUGAUGAUCCCACCAAACGACUCGACACAUUGACCACAAUUUCACUACUGUAUCAUUACCUCACACUCGUCAGAUUAUGGCUAUCAGAAGCCCGCCGAUUAGCCACCCUUGCCCAUCUCAUAGUCAAGGACAUUUUAUCAUCCGGCUUGGAUAAGCAGUUGAGUGAUGUGGAACAGGUGAUGCUUCAGCGUCAACGCAUGUUAUCCGACUACAUGCUUUACAACUUCACUAUCUUGAUCGAUGGUCAUACGAAGAGUCCUUUUGAAAUCACACCCUUUUCAAUGCACCUACACGUUCUCGAUGAUGAAGAUGAAGCCGUCAAAAGCAGCAUUCGCACCAUCAAUCACGUAUUUCGGCUAUGUCGUUCCCAAUAUUUCUUAACGAUUGUUGAACAAAUUAAAAACAUGUCAAUGGAUCGGAAAGCCGAGGUGAAUCUCCAUGUUUUCCUUCGAUUUGAAACUAUCAUGCGAGAAUGGUGGGCAACAUUACCUGAUGAUUUGCGAGUUUGUGAAGAUCCGUAUUCAGUCGAUGCAUCCACCUUUGUACAAACGCUUGAUGAUCAGCAGAAUAUCGGAGCAUUUGGCAUGAUGCAUGGUAUCACCAUGAUGGUACACGCUCUAUUACUCAGCUCACAACCUUCCAUGGAGACCGAUGGCGUAACGAGUGACUUUUUGACCAUACUACGCAAACAGGCGCUACUCAAUGCCACGAGAUCAUGUGACAUCCUACUCGCACUUAUCAAGAAUUCCUUGUUUUAUCUCAAAGAUGCCGAUCCAUUAUCCUUUGUAGCGUUGGGGCAUAUCAUGUAUGCACUCUCAUGCAUCAGCAACUGUCCAGAGGCUAAAAUACAGCAGCAGACGCAAGCCAACUUUGACGAAAUCGUCAAGCAGCUUUUAUCACAUCUCCCGGUCGAUCAUCAUAUCCCUUCCUCAAUAUCACCUAUUCCCUCCGCCAUCCAAACGCGACAAGCAUCACCAACAUUAGCCAUCUAUGAUAGAUACGCUCUUCCAGGUUACGCGCUGAUGUCUGAUGUCAUGCGGAUAUCCCUUGAUCAACUGAAAUCACUUUUUCAAUGCCCUUCUUAA